GUUGACACAAACACACAUGAGCAUGGCAUUGGCAGCGCUAGCAGAAGGAAAGGACAGCUAGAGCUGAGAGGCGCCACUUCAGGCCACUUCAGGAGCUUUCUGACUUCUCUCAUUGCAACAGGCAAGGAGGAAUUUGGAUGUAGGCGAGGUGAAAGUCUGUUCUCGAAUUGUGGACAUGGAUGGCUAUCCUCCGGGCUUUAGCCCCAAUGGUGAGGGGGGCCAACAGUCUGGUCGUUUGCUUCCCGAGUUUGCGUUCAAAACCCUCCCUUUCCCUCCUCCUCCGGGUUUUCCUUACCCCAGACCAUUCAUCAGCAAUGCCCCGUUGCAGGAUCAAGUCAUGCCGGUGCCCUUCAACGCUGCUGCACCACCAUUCCACAAUGGUCCACCUAUGUGGCUCAACUCAGAACCCCAGGGGUUGCUGCCAUUCCCUGGGCCACCAGGUGCGAGGCCUUUCAGAGGCAGAGACAACAACCAGGGUCCAUGGCUUCAAAGGGUGUUACAGCAACCUGGCGGAGGUUUCGGUGGAGCAGCAGGCAGUCCCAGGUUCAGCGGCAGUGUCAGCAGGCCAGCAUGGGUUGAGGACAUACUGGCGCAAGAUUCAGUGGUUCCAAGCAAGAACCAUACGAGCCAGAGUCCGGGCCAAGUUGGAGGUAGCAUGCCAGGGGGCGGCCAGAGAGUGGUUGAGAGUGCUCGGAAGCGCAGCAAGGAAGAGGGGGGUCCAGGGGGGCCAGCCAAGCGCGCGAGGAAUGGGGAGAGGGAAGGAAGGGACCUGCAAGAGAAUACGAGAAUUGCUGAGAGAGGAGAGGGGAAGGCGGCAUUUGCUCAGGGUAUCACUUCAAGCAGCACUGCAAAGGCCGGGAAGGCUGUCAGGUUGAGAAGCAGUGAAGUUGACGCUCAAGAAGGAAGAAGACUGCAGCCAAGGGGUGGGAGGGGAGCCAGUGUCAAACAAGGAGCGAGCGAGGAACUUCGGAAGCGCAACGCGGAGGAGCGCACUGACUCAAGGGGGGGUGCUUGGGCAUCUCAGCGAGGAGCUGAACGAGAUGAGGGCAGAAAAGCUGGUGAAUUGCUCAAAGACUCUCCUGGAAAGCCAGAAAACCAACGGAAGCCGGAGGGGUCUCUAACGGGCGCGCCAGAGUUCAGGGGCGUCUCUUCGCCGCCAGGGUUCCAGGACCCUCGGGUUUUCCAGCUGAGCACCCCCCUGCAGCGCCACAGAGAUUCCCCCACCCCCCCGAAGACCUCCCCCCUUGCGGACGCUAUUAAGCAGAAGGUGCAGCUGUGGCAGAGUGCCAAGGCGGGAACAGCUUCAGGGGGGGGUGUUAACGACAGCCAUGGGAAAGACGUACAGACAAGUCGGAGAGAGGGUUUCAACACCGCUCGCGGGGCACCUGUUGAUAUCCGGCGGGAGGGGGGAGUUCGCACUGAUCAGCGUGGGGGUCCCAACUCCAACCAAGGGGGGGGUCAAGUCUCUGCAACGCUGGUGAACAGGCUGCCAAGCCCUUUGGUUGGCCACCCUCGAGAUUGGCAGAAGCUCUCGGCGGGGCGAGGAGGGGGCGGGCGAUUGUCACAUCCGGUUGGGGGGGACCAAGGAACCGUACUGACUAGUCACGCUCAACUUGCUCAGCGCCUGGCAGAAAUCAAGGAGCGCUUCUCCGCGACUCCUCCCUUAAAGCUGGCGGCGCCCUCUGUCCAUUGGAAACCCCUAGAACGGCCUCCCUCGGCAGAAGCCCCUUGGGACCCAGUCAAAGACUUUGUUGCAGAAAUCAAGGAACGCGUUUCGUCUCCGACUGGGAAGGUUACAACGGAGCAUGCGUCCGGCAGAAAAAAUCCGGAAUCCAAACCCCCUGAACGUGGCCAGGCAAAUGAACGCCUUGCUCGGAUCAAGGAGCGCCUUUCCAUCACUCCCCCCCCGCCUGAAAGGAGCCCCUCUGGAGGUCCAGAGCCCGAGACCCCUGCUGCCAACUCGCGCCUUGCACAGAUUAAGGAGCGGCUCUCCUUCCCUGCUGCCAAAAACAAGCCACGGGAGAACACCCCCUCCACCUCAUUUCCUCGUCCAUCCCCGGCCCCCAUCUUGAUUGCACCCCCACCGUCAGUGUUCCCACCCCCCCAAAACCCCCGUCCCAGAAGCUCACAGACCGCAGCUCCCAGCAUUUCAGUGAAGGCGCCUGUGUCGGUCCAGAAGGCGACUGAAGUGGCUGGAGCAGGGACGAGUGAGGAUUCUGGUGGUGAAAAUAGGGGCCCAGAGACUGGUGUAAAUAGGGACACCACACCUGCGGGGAGCGGUGCGGGGGCAGGGCAGCCUGACGGUGUGAAUAAGCACCAGGAGGGGAAGCAGCUGAAGGACCGGCAGGUGUGGAAGAUCCCUGAGAGGCUGCAAAAGCUGCUGGACCAAGGACUGGUGAAGGACCCCCCUCCUGCCGCCCAUCCCCCCAGCGCGCAGGCAGUCCAAGCCCUAAACCUGAUGCAUGGCGCGUCCAAGCUGUCCAAGAAGCAACUCCAGCGGCUUAAGGGCCAGGCGCACGAGUCCAAGGAGUUGGCCAAGCUGCAGGGGAUCGUCGGGAUGCACAACGUGCCGCUCAUCAUGCAGACGUACUGGGAGGUGAAGGGCCGGCCGAACGCUGCUGAUGGUGCGGCGUCGAACUCUAGCGAGCCCCUGUUCCCGAUCCACGAGCAGAUCAAGAUCUUGCGCCAGGUGGCGCGGAAGUCGCGGAAGAAGCUCGGCAAGCUGCGCAAAAAGGAAGCCCUGCAGCAGCGGCAGCAAACUUCCGGGGGGGUAGAGAAGCCCGGGACCGGCCCCACCGUUGCUUGUGGGGGUACUGCAAAGCUGGAAGGCGAGCCUGGUGGACCCGGGGGGGCGCCUGGAAAGCUGGCGGCGAACCCCAGUUCGGAUGUGGAAAACGGAGCAAGUGCAGUGGGGGCGGAUUUGAAGGGGGCGAGCAUUUCCGAAGGAGGGGGUAGUGUAAGAAGUCUGGGGAGCGAAGCUGUCGGAACAGGGGGCACUGGGAGCGGUCCCAAGGAGUCGCGGGUUGAACGCACUGCAGCAGGGCUGGAAAUUAGUCAGAGGAGCGUUUUGGGGGAGGCGGCGGUCGUCACGGCUGGCUCCAAUGCGAGGAAAGGCUUGAUCGGGUCAGGGCCAAAGGUGGGGCAGGGCGCUAGCGAGGGUUUGAGGGGUUCGGAGGAUGGCGACGUCAGUGGGGCUCCUGUGACGAGAAGAGCGGAUUCUGGUUUGGGUCGUGAGAAGACGCUGUCAGGGGACACAGAAAUGCUUGGAGGUGUUGGUCAUGCAUUGGCGUCUGGGCAGAGCAGGGGACAGGUAACGGCGCAGGGGAAGACUAGUGGGGUCAGCGAAGCGCGUCAGAAGCCAUCUGACGUAAGCAGCAACGCUGAGAGACGAGCGGAUCCUUGCGCAUCAAUUAUGGUCGCGCCAGUUGGCAGCACCGUUGGUCGCCAGGUGGCGGCAGAGGCGGGCGAGCGCAAAGCCGACGAGGGAGUUUCCAGGUUGAACGGGCAAUCUGGAGUGAUUAACACUGUGGGAAAGGGCGUCUCACAGCCAACCUCGGAAGGAGAGAGUCGGGGUGACGAUGUUGGGCAGCAAAAAGCGGCUUUGAAGGCUGGGGAGGAUUUGAAGGGAAAGCUCGUGGAGACAGUGACUGGGAAGAGAAAGGCGGCCGGGGGGUCGGAAAGUGUAGCCUUCAAGAAGCAUGCGGGGGGAAGCGGCGGCAAAGCUGGGGCCUCCAAAGGGCUGCUGGAGAAGGCUUCGGAGCUGGAUGGAUUCAAGGCGCGAGAGAAUCUGACCAGUGCGGUUGCUCAUACGGAGCCGGUUCAGUUGGAAACAGGAGGUGGAACGAGUGUCCAACCUGGAGGUUCAAGUGUACAGCCGAAAGCAGUCCUCUCGGCAGAACAGGGGCUAGCCAAAAGUGCAGGAUUGCCUGGGGUCGGGUUGGCGGGCACGCCUGCUCUUUCUGGGUCCAACGAAUUGCCCCAGUCGAGCAGCGGGAAGUCAGGGUAUCCCUCAGAUCCAACGAAAGCGGGAGCCCAAGCGCCUGCUCAGAGGUCGGAGCAUCCUCUUGCCGAGCCGGUGCAAACCAAACCCCUUUCUGCAAAACUGCAGAGCGCUCCCUCAGCUGCCGAGCCGGCUCCAGGGUGGCGCUCUCUGCCAGCUGGCGCUGUCUUGGGGACCCGUCCGCUGACAUCAGCGCCCCCUGGUGUUGUUAAGCCCCCGGCCGUGGACGAGGGCUUGCUCGCCGAGUUGCGGGCGAAAGCGCUCGCGUCCCAGUGCAAGAAGGCGUCCGAAGCGGUGGUCAAGCCGUCCGAAACAACGGUCAAGCCGUCCAUAACGACGGUCACGUUGUCCGAAACGACGGUUAGGGUGUCCGAAAGGACGAUCAGGUUGUCCGAAGGGGUGUUCGGAGCGUCCGAAACGGUCGUUGGGGCGUUGGGAACGAGAGUCAUGGCGUCUGAAACUGUGGAAAGUCAGACUGCGGUGGUUGUGAGGGCGUCCGACGCCGUGAGGCAGCCGUCCGCAACAGCAGAGAAGGCGUCCGAAACGGCUGGGGCACGGUCUGUGGAAGCAGGGAAAGCGUCUGAUAUUGCAGCGCCAGUGGGGCCGUCCAAACGGGCUGCAGGAGCGUCAGCUGCUCACAAGAAUGCGGGUCCCAAACCGAGCGCCCAAACCAAAGCAGGGGGUACCACUUUGAAACAAUCGACGGGCGUGUCCAUUCAGACAGAGGCGGGGUCUCGGCAACCGGCAGGGCAGGCCCGAGGGUUGCUCACGUUGGGAGCAGGCCAACCUGCCGCUGCUACGGCAUCUCCUCCGAAACUGACGCCAUCUGUUGGGGUUCCCCAGUCUGCUCCUGGACAAAACGCGGUUCAAGCAAAACCUCCCUUGGUCAGCCGGCCCGUCUUCCCUGGGCUUCUCAACCCCGGCCUCCAGUUUGGCAGCGCAGUUAAGCCACUUGACGCUACUAACCCGCCGGAAGGCAAGCCAUCACAAAGCCAGCCUCUGAUGCUCCUCAAUUCUACUAGCCCCCCCAAAUCCACCGGCCUUCCAGCACAGCAGGGUUCCGCGUUUGGCAUAUCUGCGCCGUUCAUCUCCGGGGCCCUUGGGACCAACCUCGCCUUUGGCAGCGGGACCACAACAAAACCAGGGCAAAACGCUCCCCACCCAGGUUUAAGACAAUCGCUGCCCUCUCCCGACCCACCAAAAGGGGGUCAAGAGAAGCAGCUCCCUUCAGGUUUCUCAACUGCCGGACCCCUCGGAAAGAGCUCUCCGGAAGAUGCGCUUGCAGCUACGAUUAAGGCGCUGAGAGACUCUAUCCAGCGGCAAGCCGAGGUCGCAAGUUCGUCUAUGGUUGGAGACUCUGGGUCCAAGUCAGCAAAGCAGGAGCUGCCACGUGGCAAGGAAGAAGCGCCGCCAGGUGGCGGCGCCUCGGAGCAGACGCGGCGGUUGGCGUACAUUAAGAAGCGGAAGAACGUGCUUGUGAGGCGAGUGACUCCACAGCGUGGAGCACUCGCGCAGGCGUCGCGACCGGUUUCGGAGUCCGGAGUGGGGGCUGAUACUGGUGGGAACAAGGGGGCCGGGGCGGUGUUGAGCAACCGGGGGGUCGCACCGUCGGGCAAAUCGACUCCGGGGGAAUCAAAAAGGCAGGUUGGAGGGGGGCUGGGAAAGCAGCGAGGCGGAUUACGUGCUGGGGCACUGAAGAGGCCGGUUGGUAACGCGGUGCAUCAGCGAAAGGCCCUGUCUUGGCAGCGGGCGUCGGCUGCAUCGGGUGCGACUUCUGCCGCCUCCCCGCAUACCCCGCUGUUACAGGGCCCUAGGCGGAAGCAGGGAGCGCGGGGUUUGACCUGGAAGUUGGGAGGCCCUGUCACGCCAGGCGGCGCUCCGAAGCUGAGGCAAAGUUCCCUGAAAUCGCCGCGACAAGGCCCGAGAGGAUCCGGGAAGUUUAGCGCCAAGAAGUCGGGGCUGGGGCCGGGGAAACCUGUGGGGCGCCAAAGCGCGGUGAAGAGGCGGGCGGCGCUGAAAUGGUCGAGGCAAAAGGGGACGGCUAGAACGCCAGGGUGGGCGACUCCAUUGCCUUGGUCGGACGAGAAGGGGUCGCUGCUGAACAUGCUAAGACAACUUCGCGGCCAGCGCAGCUACACGUCGACCUAUGCCAAGUCCACCAACGGGCUGUCGCUGAAGCGCACGGGAGCGGUGGGGCUCAAAGGGAAUCUCAAGUGGACGCUGUCCGGGGGCAAGAAACGAAAGGAGGCUGCGGAGAAGGCUGCGCAAGCAGUGCGGGGGUCUCUUGAUAACGACAACGGAGAUCCAGCCGGGACUAGCGCUAGGAAGCGGAAGGCCGCGGCGGCGGCUCGGGCGACUGCUCGUUCGAGGCGAGCAUCCCUGGAGGCGAGCCUGCGCAGGCGGCCGGGAGCGGCCCCACCCAAUCGCGAGCGCGUGAUCACGGUGGGCCUGGCUACGUACAAAAUGGACGCCGGCGGACGGACGCUCGUCCGCGUGUCCGAGCCCACCACCCCGGGAGCAUUCACUCCGCCCGCCACGACCCCGAGACGGGCCAGUGUGAACGGGCAGACAUUCGUCCGGCAGGGAACGAGCGACCGCCUGGUGAUUGACCCGACCUCUGCGCGGAAAACGCUCGCGAGCGGGCGGCUGAAGUGGUCGCUUCAGAACGCGCGGCGGCGCAGGGCGACCAAGGGAGAGACGCUCUGCCCGUACUUCACGAAGUAUGGCAAGUGCAACCGCGAGGGUGCCACGUGUCCGUUUGUGCACGACAAGGACAAGGUGGCCAUCUGCACCAAGUUCGUGCUUGGGCGGUGCGAGAACUCGGACUGCACCCUCACCCACAAGAUCAUCCCGGAGCGCAUGCCCGUCUGCAAGUACUUCCUGGAGGGCACGUGCACCAAUGAGCGGUGCCCGUUCCGCCACGUCAGCGUCGUGCCGAAUGCGCCCGUCUGCCGCGAGUUCCUCCAGGGGUUCUGCCCACGUGGCGACACGUGUCCGCAGAAGCACACGUCCGUGUGUCCCAAGUUCGCCGCAGAUGGGCAGUGCGAGGAGGGCGAAAAGUGUGGGUUCUACCACCCCACCAAACGGACCUGGACGCUGGCGAGGGCGCUCAAAGAGGCCGGCCGGAAGCGGAAGCGUUUGCGCCCUGCCAAGCCCGAAACUCCGCCCGACCUGGGCGAGGGCGGAAUCCUGCUGCCGCCAGACGACGGCGUCGAGUCGGAAGCGCCCGAGCGGCCGCGCGUCCGGCGGCGCUACUUCGAGGCUGACGUCAGCGAGGUGGCCCGGAAGAUCAAGCCAGCAUUCCUCUUUGAUGACGUGUGAGCCGAGGACCAGGAGCGGUCGAGAGUGCGCGGGAUGCUCUUGCGAUCACGCGCGUACUCAUUUCACCUCACCUCACUUACACUUUCUAACAGCGAUCCCGCUAGUCACGUUGCACAGGGUGAAAAUUCUCACACUCACGUCUCACCACUCGGUCCCGCGACUCGGCAUUGGGAUACCCCGGUUGCGUUGCAAGUUCUUGGGGGGUGGCUGUUCUUGCAGUCGGCCAGACAGCCCGAACCACUUCUUAUAUCUACAGAUGUCGAGCACGCAGCAUAGGAACCCUCUUUGAGGAUAGUCUCACUAACACAACUAAACACGUUGGAAGCGCUUGGCACGUGAGCGUCCACUCGGGCAUAGCCCUCGCGGAAGCAAGAAAGGAUUGGCCACAGGCGGGAGCCACCAAGGGGUUAAGAUGGCUCUCAGCUUGCGGAGCUCUCGUGAGAUGUUGGCUGCUUGGUUCUAGCUCGGGAGCAGAACUUCCUAUAGUUUGGAAAAGUGGGCGCACAAUGAGGUAUCUGGCUUUUGGUUAGCCAUAGGAAGUUUACAGUAAAUAAGAGGCCAACCAUCUUACGAAGCACGCAUGCCUAGUCAAGGUUAAGUGUACGGACAAGAGCCCAAUGGAAGUAGGUCAACAUGACAUAUUUUCGACAUGUGAUUCUAACUUUUAACGCUCAAUCUGAUAGCGCAAGUCAUUAACCCAU